AUGCUGGCGUUAAGCCGUUCUCGCAAGCACAUAGUGGGACGCUGGACACUGACUCUGACGCUAGCGGUAGUUUCUGCGCUGGCGAUCCACUUUGCGCGCAUCUACCCUUGGCAUUCGCUGUACCUGCCCGAGUCGAGCCUUGCUGUCUUCGACAACUUGGCUGCUAGACCAAUCUCUUCCAACACGACAUGCUUCCUGCCAGGAGCUACUGCGGUCAACAGCACAAGCUUCAAGGACGCGGUUCCGAUCGGGUCGACCGACGGGGCUGGGCUUGCGUCUGACUUGUGCUUUCACUACGACUCGCGCUUUAAGCCGUACGACGGCGGCACCGGGGGCAAUACAUACAUCACACGUGCACAGGAGCAGCUGGCCCUGCCAUCGAGUGUUGCGAUCACAGGCGACCUGAUCUGGCUUGCAAAUCUGCUGGCUGAGCAUGAACCAAAGUCGUAUCCGCAUGUUGACUGGACCGACGCAACGCUGCUGUCUCGAUGCGAUGCGAUGCAAGCCAGACCUUCAGCGACAGCUGAUGCUGAACCAUUUAUGGGCGUACAGAGGCCACGCGUGGCCUUUGUCGUUCGUUGUUAUCAGGAUUUCAACUGGUCGCACGACGCCAUCGUUCAUCUUCGCGCGCUCGUGUGGGAGUUGCGUUCGAGCAAGCUCGAGUUUGAAGUCGACGUACACAUCCUGCUUGAAGUCAAGGAUGCGGCGGUGUCCGCAUCCAUGUUCAGCAAUGGGGGCCGCAAGCGGAUCCUCAGAGGCAGCGUGCCAAUCGAAUUUUGGCCUCUGGUCACCUUGUGGCACGAGCAAGAGAUGUUGCUGCGCUAUCCCCUCGGUGGCGACUUUCGGCCGGGAAUCCGAGGCGCCGACUCGUAUCGCGGUUGCCUGCUACCGCUACAACGAUUUGCGGUGGAACAUCCUGAGUACGAGAGCCUGAUCAACUGGGAGAUUGACACGCGCUUCACCCACACGUACGAUCGCAUGUUGGAGUCGAUGCGCAGCUACGCCUUCCGAGCCAGCGCGCAGACAUACACCCGGUGGCCAGUGCGAGGACACUCCAGCGAAUCGCACGGGUCUGAGCUUGCUGGGCGAGCGAAAUGCAUCAACAAGAGCGCUGACGUGAUUGUGCUGUCCCCCGUCCGCAAUCCCCAAGACUCCGGCUGGUACUGGGAGUAUGACGUUCAAGGCUUCGCUUCUAUGCAGUCUACGCAACGCGCUGCCUCUGUGGGCACCAACAUGUGGCUCAGUCGACGCGCAGUCCUGGCGUUGGAAGACAUGUCUGCAAACGAAGGCGAGUCGUUCUUCUGCGAGGCCAUGGCACCCAGUCUCGCCUUCCGAUCGGUGCCGCCUUCUGCUUCGAACGAGAAGUCGCAGUGCGAGACCCGCUUCAAGCUCGUCCACUACCCGCAUCCGGUAGCUUUCAGGUACCAAGCCACGCCAGCUAAGAUGGACAAUCUGAUCAACCCGGCACGUGCGUCAUUGUCCAAACAGCAGGAGCAGGUGCUCAAGGACGCAUCGUACUAUUACGCAUCGACGAUUGCGGAACGGAUCUACGCGCAGUGGCAGUCGCGUGCGGAUGCGUGCAUCAUGCCCCUGAUUCUGCAUCCGGUCAAGACCUCGACCAUGGCACCUGCCACCUCAUCUCAGCGUAGCCGCUCUUUCGGAGGCUGGAUCCUUGCGAAUCCGUCGGGCCCAGCCAGCCUUUGUGUUGCAAGCAUGAAAGGCAGUCAGUGUGCAGACUUCGUCAAGACAACGAUCCGACACUACACAGGACACGAUCCCGGUGAUCUCGCAGCCAUGCAGGCGGAAUCGCUCUUUCAAUGGGACCUGAAGCGUCCACGCGUGAACAAGCCCGCGCCACUUGCCGCGACGGCGCGUUCAGCAAGCGUUCUCGGCUUCCGCUGGCGUUCAAAUGUCAAAUGUAAAGUUACGUGGGCUCGCCAGCCUGGUGCCAGGGCCGGUGGUUCCUCCUCUACCAGGGAAGGUCCGGUCACCACACGGGUGCGACCAGAUCAAGGCUUCCGCAUCGACGCUCCUGGGCUGAACCGAGGUCGACUGGACCCUCGAGCCUAA